CCCGGGCGGUCUGGGAUGUGUAUAAAAGAGCUGAGGGCUCUGCAGCCUCUAUCCAUCUUCCUCUGCUGGACUCUCCUCAUCACCUGGGAGUGCUUCCCUGCCUGAAAGAUGUCCUGCUCCAGCCUGUGCAACACGUCCUGUGGGGUGGCCGCCCCGGCCCCGCUGGCCGACACUUGCAAUGAGCCCUGCGUGCGGCAGUGCCCCGACUCCACGGUGGUGAUCCAGCCCCCGGCCUCGGUGGUCACCUUCCCCGGGCCCAUCCUCAGCUCCUUCCCGCAGCACAGCGCUGUUGGCUCAGCGGGAGUGCCCGCCGUUGGAUCGGGCUUCGGCGGCAGUUUUGGAGGCCGUGGUGGCUACGGAGGAUGGGGAGGCUAUGGAGGCUACCGAGGCUGGGGAGGCUAUGGAGGCUAUGGUGGCUGGGGUGGCCAUGGGGGCUGGGGUGGCUAUGGAGGCUGGGGUGGAUACGGUGGUUAUGGAGGCUAUGGGGGUUAUGGGGGCUGUGGAGGCUUUGGUGGCUGGGGUGGCUAUGGAGGCUUUGGGGGCUGUGGAUAUGGCGGGUGGAACAGAGGCCACAGGUACCUCAAUGGAAACUGUUCGCCCUGCUAA